UGAACAAGACAGCAACAAGUGAAUAGUCAACUUUGGCAGAAUGUCACUUAUUUUAGGCUACACCUGCACAUUUACGGCUUUUGAAAUUUAAAAUAACUUGUAUCUGUGUAUCCGAGUAAAUCACUGCUAUUAACAGAAUCCAGAGGGAGGGAUUGUUUUAGCGUAAAUGGAGUCGUACAGAGUUGGUGGACUUGCGAACAGUGGGCUCCAGCGGAGAUAUGAUAAACGUGAAAGUACAACGAGAGCCACCGAGCGCAACGGGGCCUAUGGCCUCAGCAUUCGGGUCAAGGGGAUGGACGGACACCCUUACGUAGUAAUGAACAACCAGAACAGGGGCCCUGACAGCAAUGGAAACAUUGACAAGGACUCCUUAAUGAAUGACGGUGAUGAGAAUGACUUCAGAGGGGCCAUAGAGUCAGCUCCUGGGAAGAUCACCAACCCCCACAAUGGUGCCAAAGAGUCCAGGAAACUACAGAAGUCGUCUAGCUUGCGGAAUAUCCAGAGAGACACAGAGCCUGUAAAUCCUUACGCCCCGGAAAACUCCUCCCUGAGCCGGGACAGAUAUCGUACCUUGCCGCCGAAAUGUACCUCUCCUGUGGAGACUCCAGCUCAGCAGCACUACUCCCUGCCCCGGGCCACCUCCACACCAGUCCACCGCAGGUCCCCCAGUCUGGGAAAACCUAGCACCCCUGAGUCUCCUGUGGCUGGGGAGGAGGCCCAGCCUGAUCCGCGCAAGGCGCAAGGUCAUCCCCAGGCCCUGCCCCGAAUCCGACCCCCGAGCCAACUCCAGGCUGAACCCCAAGCCCCAAAACAACUUCCGGCCAAAACCCAGUCCCAAGCCCCAAGCCAACUCCCAGCCAAAACCCAGUCCCAAGCCCCACGCCAACUCCCAGCCAAAACCCAGUCCCAACCCCCAAGCCAACUCCCAGCCAAAACCCAGUCCCAACCCCCAAGCCAAGUCCCAGCCAAAACCCAGCCCCAAGCCCCAAGCCAAGUCCCAGCCAAAACCCAGUCCCAACCCCCAGACCAAACUCCUGUAGUGCGACACCCGCCUAGAAACUCAACUAAGUUUAUCGGCAGGUCUCCCAGCACUGUCGGUGGCACUGCCAGCCUGGAGCAAGGUAGACGUAACCCUGACGUUUUGCCCCUGCGUAGGCAUGAGUCCUGCGGCCCCGAGUUUCUGCCCCCCCGCUCCCGGCGCUCCUCCACGUCCUCUGCCCCGGACGGACCACAGCCGGAGGAGGAGGCACUGUACGCCGAAAACAUCAACCGGCACAAGAACCGGCGCUACAUCCCCUUCGUACCGGGCACGGGCCGCGACAUCGACAGUGCCUCCAUACCCAGCGUGGACGACCUCAUCGAAAAGUUCAAUGGGAGCGGUACACAUCAGCGGAGGGGCAGGGCUGGACGAAGGAACAGGAUCAACCCGGAGGACCGCAAACGGUCGCGCAGUCUUGACAGUUUCCUCCCUUCUGAGCUCAGCGGGGAUUCGGAGUACCUGGACAGGUUCAGUAGGAACCAGGGUCGACCCACCGAGCACCUCCUCCGCCCCUCGCAGUUGGGUCUACAGAAGGGGACUCAUCACCAGGAAGAUCAAUCCCCAGCACAUGACUGCAGUUCCCCAGAAUCGCCACAGGGGGCAGUAUGCAAUGGACUGUCCUCCGUACUGAGUUGUAAAAAUGAGCUGAAGAGGUCUUCUACACUGCAGCUGAAGACUAAGACCUAUGAGGAGGAGAAGCCAUCACGGUCGGUGAAAAUUCUGACCAGCACAACACCAAGAGCUUUGUCCAGGUCAAGCAACACUGACAAACAGCUUGAUACAGCGAGGGACACUCAGGUAACCCCUGAUCUUUUGAAAGGUCAACAAGAUGUUUCACAACAAACAAAUGAAGAGACAGCAAGACAAAUAUUGUUCAAUUACCUCAAGGAUGGAAGUGGUGAUAACGAUGACGCUACCAAGAGGAAAGUCAACCUGGUCUUUGAGAAGAUCCAGACCUUGAGGUCCAGGGCUGCUGCAAACGUGCAGGGGGACAAAUCUCCCGGCACAGCUGCAGAGAGCAGGGCGGUGCAGGACCUCAAGGCCCAGCUGGAGAGCAAGGUUACAGAGCUGACAAAACAGCUGGAGGAGGAAUCUAAGAAGCAGCGGGGGCUCGUGGAGGCCUGUGAGAAGGCCGGGGCAGACACUAAAGAUCUGGGCGUGAAGCUGAGCUCCAGCCGGGAGGAGUGCAGGAAACUCCGGGAGCAGCUCUCCAAAGCCGAGGCUGAGCUGCAAACGUCCCUGGAAGAUCUCUACCAGGAGAAGAUGGAGAGGGAGCAGUGCCAGUCUGAUAUCAGGGACCUGCAGGACCAGCUCUCAGAGAUGCAUGACGAGCUGGACUGCGCCAAGAAACCCUCGACGGACGAGGAGAUGACCAUCAUGAUGGAGACAAUAAUGCAGAUGAAGCUGGAGCUUGAGGAGGCGCAGCUGGCGAAGGAGAUGAAAGAGGAGGUUCUGCACAAGAGGGAGCGAGAGCUGACCGCCCUCAAGGGGGCUCUGAAGGAGGAGGUGGCCUCUCACGACCAGGAGGUGGACAUCAUGAAGGAGCAGUACGAGCAGGAGAUCCAGAAGCUCAGGUUGGCUGCUGAGGAGGCCAAACAGGCCAGCUCCUCAGCAUGUCGGGAGAAGGCGGAGUUAGAGGUGGCGUUGGGUACGGUAGACGGGCGGGCGGGCCAGCUAUCCCAGGAGGCCGAGCGGCUACGCCAGCGGGCCCAGGAGCUGGAGCGCCAGGUGGCCAAACUGAACCGCGUCGUGGACGAGGCCAAGCUGAGAGAGAGCCGCCUGGAGGACCGGGCAGGCCGACUGGAGAAAGAGAAGAGACAGAUGGAGGUGUCUCUGGACGAGGCCAGGGAGCAGGAACAGGAGACGUCCCAAGCUAACAGAACUUUAGCCACACGCCUUGAUGAGUUACAGAGAAACAUGGCCAAACUGACCCAGGAAUACAAUGAGCUGAGUGACAGACUGAGGGAGGAGAGCAGCCAGAAGGACCUGAUGAAGAAGACCAAGAACCAGGUGGAGGACGAGAGGAGGCUGCUGGACCGCACGGUGGAGAAACUGCAGAGGGCGAUGGGCGAGAUUGCGGAGGCCUCCCAGGCGUCUACUCUGGAGCUGCAAUUGCAGAUCAAUGAGUACAAGGAGAAGAGCCGGCAGGAGACGAGUGAGCUCCAGAGGCAGCUGCGGGACAAGGACCUGGAGCAGGAGAAGGUUCGGCUGGCCUCCAAGAGGCUGCAGGAAGAGAUGUCCCAGCUGGAGGAGGACCUGAGGCAGUGUAAACGGGAGCGGGACGAGGCUUUUCUGAUGGGGCAGGACCUGAAGCAGAAGGUGUACGACCUGGAGGUGGACGUGGAGACCAAGUCCCACUGCAAGGACGACAGAUCCAGGCAGAUGAAGCUCAUGGAGGACAGAGUCUCCCAGCUGGAGCAGGACCUGGAGGAGGAGCGGCUCAAUGGGGAUGAGAUGAUGAACAGAGUCAACCGAGGACGAGAGCAGGUGGAGCAGUUGAGGAAUGAGCUCCUGCAGGAAAGGGCUGCCCGACAGGACCUGGAGUGUGACAAGCUGGCGCUGGAGCGACGGAAUAAAGAUCUAAAGGGCAGGCUGGAUCAUCUCGAGGGCUCUCAGAAAUCCACCAAGGAGGGUGUGGUGACCCAGCUGGAGGGCCGGAUUCAGGAGCUGGAGGAGAGACUGGAGGUGGAGGAGAGGGAUCGCGGCAAUCUGCUGCAGGCGAACCGCAAGCUGGAGAGGAGGGUGAAGGAUGUGUCCAUGCAGCUGGAGGACGAGCGCCACUCACUGCAGGACCAGAAAGACCAGCUGGUUCUGAAGCUGAAAGUGCUGAAGCGGCAGAUGGACGAGUCGGAGGAGGAGACGGAGCGUCUGGAGAACGGCCGGAAGAAGCUGCAGAGGGACCUGGAUGAGCAGACCGAGGCCAACGAGCAGCUCCAGGGCCAGGUCAACACCCUGCGCAAAGAGCUGAGGCGCAAGAGUUCGGCUGCCCCACUUCUGAAUAAUUUGGACGAUGACGAGGAUGAUGACGACUUUAGCACUAGCGGGGAGUUUUUCUACAGCCUGGCUUCAGGACGCAACUGAUCCUGCCAGCGUUACACCCAAGGGCUCUCAGCGCAUAGACAGGACAAUGAGGAAGAGGAUGACCGGAUGGAUGCUGAUAAUUGGAAUUGACCGCCAUUUUGGAACUGUUGCCUGUCUGUCAUAAAGAACAAUGUCAAAUGCCUUUACUGUAUGUACACAAUAUGCCUGCACGUUUAGCAUUUAAUAGCUUCCAAAAGCUGUUAAAACUUUAGGGGCCGGUUUCAUAGACCCUGAUUAAGCUUAGUCGUGGACUGAGUUAUGUAUCAUUCAUGGCUUAAGCUGUGUCUGCGAGUCUGGUCCGAGAACUUGAAUAUUUAUGAAAUACUUCAUGAUAAGUAUAAUGCCAGUGCUUUAAAUAGACUUGUCACUUUUAAUUUUUAUAUUCCUAAGAAAUUAAACAGCUUUGAUUUUUACGAUGCCUUCCACAAUUGUGUCAGAAAAGGGUAAGGCUGAAAUGAAAGAUGUACAGCUUGAAAAUGAUUGCAAUUAUUUGUUCACUACAAAUUUAUUUACUUAAUACACAGUUAAAAUGAUGUAACUGGAAUACUAAGGUGAAUAUGUUAAAGGGAAUUUAAGAUGAGGGAUUAUGUUGGAUAAAAUGUUUCCUUUUGAUUGACUUUGUAUAUAUUCAGUACAUAUAUUGAUGUACAGUACUAUGCAGAAGUCUUAGGCACCCUAGACUUUAUUAUAUAUAUGUUUAUUUGUUUAUGUGUGUUAGUAUAAAACACAUUUGAGAUUUCCAAAUAUUCAUUUGGAAAAGAUUUAAUUUUACAGAGACAUUUUUGAAUUUAAUUUUAAAAAGUAAAAUAUUACUGGAAGCAAUUGACUACUUUUUACAUAAAAACUUGAUCAAGGCUGUCUGAGAUCAGAAGCAAGGACCCAACCAACGUCCGCAGAAGAACUGUGGCAAGUUCUCCAACAUGCUUGGAAUAACCUCAUUGUCUUAUAGAACUGCAGGACAGCGUUGGCUAUCAUAAAGAAGUGAUGCAGUUUUAACGCCGAAGGGUGGUCACAAAAAAUAUUGAUUCGCUUCAGUUUUUAACUAUUCUGCCAAAUUCCUAAAAUGUAUUGUAAAAUGUAUAGUACCUUUAUUUAGGACCUUUCAUUGAAUUAUUUUGGAAAUAAUCUUAUCUGUGCAGAAGGUUAUACAGGUGCCUAAGACUUUUGCACAGUACUGUAUGUGUCAGCACAUAUCAGUACCAAUCGACAACUUGUCUACAGAAGUUACAAAAACAGAUUCAUGUUUAUAGGUCAUGUUAACUGACACCAAUAAGAAAUUAUUUUUUAUUAUUAUUUUAUUUUUUAUUAAAAAAAUGAAAAAAGCAUCUUGGUGAAACUGGCAUCUUCAAACAACUCAUAGUUCAUAUUAUUGUAUUUUCACUCUGGCUUAAAUGUCUCAGAGCUCGAUCCAGCUGUUAAUCUGCACAGGAAACUUUAUUUACAGUGCUGUUAAAAAUUAAAAUUGGGUGUAGCUAUAUUUCUUUUGGCUCAUAUAUCACCUUCUUUCAUCUCAAUUUUGUUAGAUCUCUGAGAAGAAUAUUACACAUUUAUUGCUUCAUGUUGCGGGUGCUUCUCAAGGAUAUAUCAAUGUGUGAAUAUACUGUAUGUGUAUGUAUGUGUGUGUGGUGUGUAUGUGUGUGUUUGCGCGCAUGUGUGCCUGUGUGUGUGUGUGUGUGUGUUUGCCUUUGUGCCAGGUGGGAGGAUUAUCUUUUAAGUAAACUGAAACUGUGACAGACUUGCGUUGGCAAUCACAGACCUGUUGCUACACUGUGGUGAUAUGCACUGUAUGGAUUGAUCCAGUAGCUUGGAUCACCAUUGCUUCAGUCCAGGGCAGAGCAGGCUGGUUGUUGUUGUGUUUUUUGGGUUGGCACUUGGGGAAAAAAGAGUAAGAGACAUCCAGCUACUACCUCUCUAUGUACUUAAACUAUAUCUCUAUGACAAAAAAACCUUUUUGAAAUAAAAUAUAUUGUUUCCAUUA